CUGAAGGGGACGACGGAUUAUCUUUAGAGGGGAAAUCGUUAGUUUUUUCUCUUGUAUUUUAGGAAAUCUGAACAGGAAAAAUUAAUAUAGACAUCACUGUGAGAUAAAAAGAACUUUAAUUAAUUAUGGAAAAGUAACGGGCUGCAGGUGUUAGGAGGAGACUUGCUCACACAUCUUGCCUCAUCCAAGAUUCGACCUGGGAUUCUUGAAUGUGAGCCGAGCAUGCUACCACUGCAAGAAGACCAGACAAGAUGGAUGAUGGAGGAUGUACUGUAGACAUUAACUCUGAACUAUUGGACUUAUCUAAAAUUUAACCAGCUUACAGCCUCUGCUUCACUUGCUGGCUGGAAGUGAAGAUGGCUGGCUAUGGCUGUCCUAUAGGUGAACGAUGUCGCUUUUGUGGCCUUGAUCUUCCUGCUGAUGCAGUAACUGUUAUGACUCAUAUCAGUACUCACUGGAGGCAGUUCAAUUUGGAGUCCUUAUCCUUGAGUCCUUGUGCGUUUGAGCCGCAGUUAGACAUUCGAGUUGGUAACACUCCCCUGAACCCUGAAGAUUUAGAGGUCUCAUCUCACAUGGAGCAAGGUUUUCAGUAUUCAUACUCUCCACAGACAGAACCCUCUAAUUUAACCAUAAAUGGUGCAAGAUGUUCUCCUUUAAACUUAACAGGACGUUCCAAAUCAUCCUCUCCUUUAUCGUCUCCUCUGCCUCAUGCACCGUCUAUUCCCCCUCCUCCCCCUCCUGUUCCAAAUCAUCAAGCAUCGCUUGGUGGCCCACUUGUACUGCCUCCUUCACAUCCUCAUCAUCCUCAUUCAUUUUCUAUUGGGAUGUUGGGUACUCCUCCGGGAACACAUCAAGUUCCCCCACUGCACCUCAACCAGAACCUGGAUAUAGAUAUAAAUGUAGAGUCGCAUGAUGAACAGAAUGGUGCAAUGAAGCGGAAGAGACGAAUUGACCGCUUUGUGGAGAUGAGAUGCCAUAUUUGUGGCAGGACAUUUUUCACCAAAUCAUCUUUUGAUGAGCACAUGGACAGUCAUAUCAAAGAUAAUAAUGUCUACAUCAUGAAUGAUCAGAUGGAUGGAGGAAAUAUAGUGUCAAAUGUCAUGUCUUGUUCCAUGCCAGACAAGCCGUAUAAGUGUGCGGUGUGUGAUAGAGAGUUUGCUUAUAAAGAAGAACUUCUCGAACAUAAUGAAAGUCAUGAAGCAGCUAAACCAUACAAAUGUGAUAUAUGUGGUGCUGGUCUCUCUCACAUCAGUGCCCUCCGACGACACAGACUUGCUCAUAGUGGAUACAAACCCCACAGAUGUGAAAUAUGUAGCCGAAGCUUUUUCCAGAAAUGCGAUCUUCAGCGGCACUAUACAACCCAUGGCAAGUCAAAGCAAUAUGAAUGUGGUGUAUGCAAAAAGAAAUAUUCUUCCCUUCACUUUCUUGAAAACCACAAGUGCAAAGCUCCAGAGGAACCCAAACCUUUUAAGUGUAAUAUCUGUGGUGAAGGUUGUGCCAACAACAUGGCAUGGAGUUAUCACAUGUGGAAGCAUACCAAAAACCCCAUUUUUGUUCCUUUCCAGGAGAAAUUUAAUGUACACACAGGACAGGCAGAAAGUAAUUAAAUAGUUUCAUAAGUUUUUUGGAAUUAAUAAUGUACAUUUUCCAGAAAUUUAAUCGAGCAAUUUUUCAGUCACCGAAUUAAACUUCUGUCAUUUCCAGCAAUAAAUUGUAUUCUAACAAUUCAAAAUUUAAUUUCAUACACUCAUAACAGCUUUAUUGGCUCAAUAGUACCUCGUAACUUUGUCCUGUAUAAAAUAUAAAAUUCUAUCUUUACUUUCAUUUUAUAUUCUUAAAAGUUUUUAAAAAUUUUCACAAAUGUUUGUGCAAGACAUUUAAACAUAUCUAGCUAUUUACUGACACUGAAAGAAUAACAUAGUGUUUAAAAUCAGAAUAUCUACAGUAGUAAACAUAAAAAACUUGAAGAGAAAGAUCAUUAGGAAGAAUAGAUACAAAAAAAAAUAACAAUCAUUAUGAAGCUACUGGGCUUUUGUAACAAAAAUAAGCAGCCAUAAAUUUUUUUUUUGUAGAUUUUUAUAAAUCUCUUCAAGAUAGCUCAUUCACAUAUCCUCUAUUGCAAUUAUACUCCUUUAGGGUUUGUGAUCCAAGUAUGUAGUUCUUUUGUUAUUCCCUAAGUCUUAUCUUUUGACUUCAAAUAUAUGCUCUCUCCUUGAUCAUUUUCAUUCACAAUGAUGCUACAUCUGUGUACACACAGGUUCUGUAUCUUCCAAGGGAGCAAGAUAUGCUCCUAUCUUUCCUGAUCAUAUGAAUCAAUUCAAGCUGUUGCAAGCAGCUUCUGCUGUGCACUCUAGCAUUACACUCUUAAAUGUACCCCAUACCUCUUCAAUCUCUUCCUCAUUACUCUCUCCACCUACCCUUUUAUAUCUCCCAAUAGCUGUCUCUCCCUUUGAAUUCAUUCACUUUCAUUUCUCUCUUAUCCACUAACUCCAUUUGCCUUUUAAUCUUUCUGUAGCUACCUUUAAAUAAUGACCUGACAUACAGUCACUCUUGUAAACAUGCACAUCCAGAGGCUUACCCAUCAUUCUUUUAUCCACCAAUACAGAGGCUUGCGAACUGCUGCUUUGGCACACUACAUCAUAUAUAAACUUAUCAUCUUUUUCUUAAAAAGAAAUACCUGUUACCAAACCUCUUUUUAUACACAAUUCAGUUAGAGGACCCCCCAUUAUCAUUUAUCCCUGGCCCUCCACACUGAAGGAUUGUGGCAAAAAGUUGGAGAAACUGUCUCUCCUGCUAUAGCAUUUAUGUCACCCACAACAAUUAUAUUCUCACUUGCCUCAGAACUUCCCAAACAUUCACUUAAUACUUUCCAUAAUUUCUCUCUCUCAUGUAAAGAAAGAGAGAGGUACUAUAUCCACUGGUUUCACUUAGUGUGUCACUUAAAUUAAGCCCUGAAAAAUUACAUGAUGGAUCUAUAUGGCAAACAGUUGCCUAUGUUUACCACAGAAUAGAGCAUUGUGAUAAGGAGUUGAGGGUUGAAUGUGAUAGUAGGUAAGAUUGAAAUCAGUCAUGUUGAGAGUUCAGUCUUUCAGCUUUAUAAUAUGAACAGAACUGUAUUUUAAAACACUCUGGCCUACAUUUAGUGAUGGCAGUUUUGAAAAUUUUGCAUUGAGCUAAUACUGUAUAUAACCUUUCACAUCAAGUGAACAAUGCUAAUUGCCUAUCUCAGUCUGGAAUGUGAUACAAGACAUGUAUGUGUUGUGCUUUUUUAGGCAAAGUCAGUCAGACAAGUUUAGAUGCCUUAAUUUUUUUUUUCAAACAUUUUCUUUUGCACUAAUAGAUAAACUUGUAUAAAUUAACAGUGUAAAUAUUUUUGGUUCUGCCCAAAGAUAACUUAGUAAUCUAUCUUAACCUUAGCUCAAUCCUACCAACUUAUUUUAGGUCAGCUUAAUUUGCCAUAAUUAGUAUUCCUAACAUUUGUGAAAUAUAUCCUAUUAAUUAUGUGAUGUUCGGACUAAUUUUUGCAAAGUUUUACCUUUGAUGAGUUCCAAGAGUUUUACUACUCCCAAAGCUCAGCCAUGGGCCAGGAUUGUAAUUGAAUUUAUAUUCAGUUUGUCUGGCAAAACGAUCGUGCUUUCAAAGCCAAGAUCAGUAGCUCUUCCUCAAAAGCACACCAUACACAUACAUGCACUGCAUAAUAUUCUCUCAACUUUUAGGGCUAGAGAAGAUUAAUUUUAAAAUUACUAUAAAAAUAUUUUUAUUACAGUAUAUAGAACAGUACUGUAGAGUACAUAUUGGUGAUGUACAAUCAAGUUUAUUUAGUAUUGGAUUUAGUACCAUAUAGUGUUUAAAAUGUUGGCAGAUUGUGGAAUAUAACAUCAUCUCUUAUUUGAAAUUGUUCCAAAUUUUGAAAAUCAGAAUGAUCUUCAAAUUUCAAAAUUUUCAAGUGUUGGACUAUAUAUCAAACAGUCAUACUCUGAUGUACAACAAAAAAGUGAUACUGUACAGUGAAACAUCAUUAGGUGAGAUUUAACUGUAUUAAGUCUACUGUACAGAUGGUUAAAUUCAAUACUGUACUGUACUCAUAUCUGUGAGCUUUGCAUUCAUUAAUCCUCUCUGUGAAUUUUGUUUGCCCUUUAUCUGCAAGUACAGUUUGUUGUCUGUAGCUAACCUAUUGUGGAUUCUCAUAGUUGCAAAUUCUAUGUUAUGCUGUUUUCUGGCAAGUUGAUUAAUGACCUAUUUGGAUUAUGACUGGCCCAAAAUUAAAACCAUUAUGCCUGGGUAUAGAGGUGAUGGCUCAGUCAUCUCUUCUUUUCCUACUAAAAUGCAGUAAAAGUUUUAUAUUUGCAAAUUUGUCAUCCAUGAGCUUCUCACUGAAUGCAUCCCUUACUCAUACUGAGUACAGAAUAGUACUGACUAUCACCAGCCUGCUAGGAAUAGUAUAAUGUGUUAACUGGUUGUAGAGUUUUGUAGGUAGGUUAUAUUAUUGCUAGACCCUGUAUAAUGUGAAUUAGAAUACUGUAUACAUGUAUACUUAAUACAAUACUGUAUAGUGGAUGUAUUAAUAGUCAGGUCUAGUAUAACGAGUGUUGUAUUAGCUAGGUUUAGUAUAGCGAACAAACUGUAGGUUAGGAAAAGUGCAAUAUUUUAUGUUUCCAGCUCAAUAGUAUGUGUGUGCACAAACGACUAGAAGCCAAUACCAGUAUUGAAAAAUCACAAAGAAACGAUUCAUGAUGCAAAACAACCACAGGGGGAAUGAUAGCUCUAGACCUUUUGUGUUGCAAUCAACACAUCAACAUAAGCUCCUGAUGAUGUGUUGAUUGCAACACAAAAGGCCUAGAGCUAUCAGUCAUCUCCCCCCACUGGUUGUUUUGCACCAGAAUUGAUGCAUAAUUGGUUCUUAUUUCUGCUUAAGAUGCUUUGAGUGCUAGAAUCAUUAGCGUGGUUGCAUAAUUAAUUGUAUGCAGCACUAUGGUUGCACUGUAAAUACUGUACUGUAUGACUGUUAAAGUAUGUAAUAUAUUAUUUAUAAUGUAUUUUGUUGCACAUAUUGUGUAAUGUGUACUUCAGCAUGUGGAAAUUGAGAUUCCUUGAGUUGAUGAGCAUUGCACAAUUUACCUGAGGUAAAAAAUUCCUACGUUAGAGAACAAAGUCACAAUACCAUGACUGGAACAAUACGCAAAUAACCCGCACAUAGGAGAGAGAAGCUCGUGACGACAUUUCAGUCCGACUUGCACCAUUUACAAGUGACACAUCACAAAGUGAAUGGUGCAAAUUGUAUUAUUCUUGCUUUGAUACUAUAUGUUUUUCAUUAUGUACUGGUGAAGUUUUUAAUUUUUUGUACAUUCCUGUAUCAUACAGUGUGAGUUUGGAGAUAGAAUUACCUCUCAUAUACUUUACUUUUGAAUGAAGUGAUAUAAUCAGUAUGAUUGUGAUCACAAAGAGUAUUUUCCAUAUAGGUUUUAUUAGUAAAUACACAGAAGCAUUAUAUUAUGAUACAGUAGUUUUAAUGAACUUCCAGGUUAUAAAGACAAAAAACUAAGUUGAUUUAAUUCAUAUAAAUCUCUUCUGAGGAGGGCAUCAGUGUGAGGUCAAAAUUUACGGAACUGUACUUCACUUAAGUUCCUUCUGUUUUAUUUCUCUCCAUGUAGGUUCAUUUGCACUAUUGACCAGAGCUGGAUUAACAUUUUGUAGGCCCCUGGGCUGCAGGUACUGUGAGGCCCCCAGUGAUAUUUUCAGAAACAUUCAAUGAACAGUCAACAGAUCAUAUACGACAAGCGUGCGUGAGCGUGUUAGAUAGGAGUGAAUGGAGACGAAUGGUACUUGGGACCUGACGAUCUGUUGGAGUGUGAGCAGGGUAAUAUUUAGUGAAGGGAUUCAGGGAAACCGGUUAUUUUCAUAUAGUCGGACUUGAGUCCUGGAAAUGGGAAGUACAAUGCCUGCACUUUAAAGGAGGGGUUUGGGAUAUUGGCAGUUUGGAGGGAUAUGUUGUGUGUCUUUAUAUGUGUAUGCUUCUGGACUGCUGUAUUCUGAGCACCUCUGCAAAAACAGUGAUAAUGUGCGAGUGUGGUGAAAGUGUUGAAUGAUGAUGAAAGUAUUUUCUUUUUGGGGAUUUUCUUUCUUUUUUUUUGGGGGUCACCCUGCCUCGGUGGGAAACGGCCGACUUGUUGAAAAAAAAAAAAAAAAAAAAUUAAAUUUACAUUAGUAACUGUGAACACUUUCCACUUAAUCUCUGGAGGCCCUCCAGCUGGCAGAGGCCCCUGGGCUGCAGCCCCUAAAGCCCAUGCCUUAAUCCAGCCCUGCUACUGACCAAUGUACAUUGAACUGUUUAUUUGUAUUAAUAUCAGGUGUUUAUUCUUGAUGCAUGUCUUAGCAUCUCUUUACGUUACUAUUGGCAGGCAGCUACGAAUGUGAUAUAACAGAGACGUUCGAAAUGCAUGGCAGGCUGGGGCACGGAGUUGAAGCAUCAAAAGUAGUUACAAACUAAAUUGGUUUCUUCAGAAUUACCAGCACAAAUUUUAAAUGGCAUGUGUAUUGAAAGUGUUGUUUUAAUAUAAAUGCCACUGUCAGUCAGUCAAAUUCAGCAAUGAAUAUUGAGAAUAAUUUAUUUUAAUAAUUUUAAAAUUGUUUAAUAUUUUGCUAGUCUUCAUAAUUUAUUUAACCCUUAAACGGUCCAAACGUAUAUGUAUAUACGUUUUUUCAACAUUUGAAAGUAUGUAAAAAAUGUACAUCAUCUUUUUUUUUUUUUUUUACAUUUGAAAAUGUGUAAAAAAACUUUUAUCUACAUUUUUUUUGUUAUAUUUGAAAAAAAAUGUAAAAAAAACAUAGAUCUACUUUUGGAGCAUUACGGAUUUGAACGUCGAUCUAUUUCGACCAUUUAAGGGUUAAGGGAGUUUAUGCAUAUGUAUAAUUUUUAUGCAAAACUAAAAUUAUACUUUAGAUUAAUUAAUCAACAGUGUAAUAGCUACAAAAUUCUGUAUAAAGCUUGUGGAUAACAAAGUGAAAAAUCUAUUAAAUUAGGCUUCUUGCAUUACCCUGUUUUUCUAAUAAAUUCCUUGUCUAAUUUCUGUACUGUGUUUACAAUUCAUAGACUUAUCAUGUUGUGCUUUUAUAUAUAUUUUAGCUAGGUUAGGUUGCUAAUUAGUUUUAGUGCAGAAUUAGAAAAUGCAUCCAUCCUAUUUUAAUUUUUGUGAAUACUGUAUACUGUAUCUGCCAGUCCAUAUUAUAAAAAUCUGAAAAAAUAUAUUUUAAGAAAAUUUGGCCUACAUGUAUUUUAUCAAGCAUGACAUUAUACUCUAAUUAUUUACUGUAACACUUAGUUUCAUCAUAAUUAAUAUAUGUGCAACUGGGUAAUGAUAAUUUCAGAUAAAAUUGGGGAACUUUAUUUAAUACUUCAAAAGUUAUAUUGUAAUCUUAAGAAAAUAUUUCAACUUUAUGCAGAUUAUAUUUCAAUGAAAUGUUUUCUGCUCUGUGUGGUAUAUGUGCCAUACCUGCUACUUUUGUCAUCAGUAUUAUGGGUCUGGCUAUUUACAGUACUAUCUGCAAAAUUGUGCAUGCUUGAUAUUCACUUCUUUUGAAUAUACUAUUUAGCUAUUGCUAAAUUGAUAUAACAUGCAUAAUUCAAGCUCUUUCAGUUUUAUAUGCAGUUAUGCUCUGUAAGAAAGACUUUGUUUCAAUUACAGUAAUAAUAAUAAUAUCUUUAUUCCUACAAAUACAUGUACAAGGUAUACAGGCCUAGCUGACAUCAGUGACACUGAAAACUUCCUUGAAGAUACAGUGCCUUUCUGGAAGAUACAGUACCUUCCUUAAAGAUACAGUGCCUUUCUGGAAGAUACAGUACCUUCCUUGAAGUUACAGUGCCUUUCUGGAAGAUACAGUACCCUCCUGGAAGAUACAGUACCUUCAUGGACGAUACAGUACCAACCUACUAUCUGGAUACAUUAAGUAUAUUACAUUGUGUGGCCACCCAGAUCUAUAUGACAUUUGACAAGGUUAGACCAAGAACUAUAUUUGUUUGCCUAACAUGCCCAUCAUACAGGAUGAUUUUCAAAUGUAAGUCAGUGAAAUAAUGUAUCAAUUUCCUUAAAUUUUUUAAGUGAUCUCAUUUUUUGGUUGUGAAGUUAGUUUUAUUAAAGUUGGAUUAACCUUUGAUCGGGAAGCAAGACAACAUACAAUUGAAGUUGGAAGCUGUUCUGUUUGAUUAUUUAUUUAUAACAAACUCAAAUUUUUCUUCUUAUUUUCAGUAAUUUACAUAUAUACAGAAAAAGGGGUUACUAACCCCUUGCUUCUGGCAUUUUAGUUGCCUCUGAUGACACGCAUGACUUAUGGAGGAAAGAUUCUUAUGCACUUUCCCAUGGAGAUGAAAGGAAACAGAUGAUGUAUGAUGAUGAAAGUAUUUCUUCUUUUUCGGGUCGCGCUGCCUCGGUGGGAAACGGCCCAUGAGUUAAUGAAAAAAUAAUAAUAAAAAAAGCUAAAAAAUAUCUCACAUCUGGUCAGGUUAUCUGAUUUGAAUCUGAGAGUUUUCUGAUUCUGUGUAAAGUUUAUGUGGAGCUGUCAGCAUCUUGAAAACUAAUCCAUCAGUUGUGAAUGAUCUUUUUGUGGACAUCAAAAUUAUACUAUUAAAACCUUAAGGAAAAGUGAUGCUGGUGAAGGGUUCCUGGUCCAAGGAAGUGGAGCUACCUUCCUUGGAUCAAAUCUGAAUUUCCCAGGAGCUGUAUGACCCCUAUGAAUUUAUAAUAAUAAAAUUAUGAUGCAUAAACUUUAUUUCCAUCUAAAUCUUUGGAAGAACAUUUCAUUUAUUGCUUCUUUUGUAUUUUGUUAGGUCAGAUCAAAAUAGGAUAUACUACAGUGGUACCUCAGGAUACAAACUUAAUUCAUUCCAGAAGGUUGUUCGAGUGUGGAUACUGAACGAAUUUGUUCCCAUAAUGAAUAAUGUAAAUUAGAUUAAUCCGUUUCAGACCCCCAAAAAUACACUUACAAAAGCUACACUUACAAAAGCACUUACAUAAUUACACUUACAUAACUGUUCAAGUUUUGAGCUGUUCAUAUCCCGAGGUACCACUGUAUGUAUAUCUUAAUUGUUGCUUAGUUUUUAAUGUACCAUACAUAUUACAUUAUCUUUUUUGCAUCAUCUAGAGGAAGUUUUUUAUCAUUAAGUGUGCAGAUACAUCAAUAUUGUUACUUUAAAGGCUGAAAGUCACAGUGAUAGUUUUGUAGAUACAGAACUGUGUAAGAGAAUUCUUCCCACUAUCGUGUGAAUUUAUGGCACGUCUUGGCAAUUUGCAAAUGUAACUCUAAUAAAAUUUUGCCCUCGACA